AUGUCGCCCACAGCCGCAACCAUGGGCUCCGCAAUACGCGGCGAGGAGUCGGAGGAAACAGUCUACGAUACCGCUGCCGACGUGGAAUCCGGCGAGGAGAUGCAGGAGCUAGAGCAGCAGGAGGAGGCUGGGGACGAGGAGCCAGCUAAUGCCGAAGGCUUACACCUGGGAUACUGCAUCGUUCCUAGCGAGAAGAGGUUUCUGGUUUUACACGCUUUCCUGAAGAGGAAACUGUCCAAGAAGGUCAUGGUGAUCUUUUCAUCAUGUAGUUCAGUCAAGUUCCAUGCAGAACUCCUAGGUUCUCUGCAGAUGGAGUGUGCUGGCAUCCAUGAGAAACAAAAGCAGAAGAAACGAGCUGCAACAUUCUCCAACUUCUGCAACUCAGAAAAGGGUAUCUUACUCUGCACAAAUGUGGCAGCUCGUGGCCUUGAUAUUCCUGAUGUGGAUUAUAUUGUGCAAUACGAUCCUCUAAACAAACUACAGGAUUACAUUCACAAUGCUGAACAAACUGCACGUGCUGAAAAAGGAAAAGGAAGCGUAAUAUUGUUCUUACUUCCCCAAGAACUGGAGUUUCUUAUUUCCCUAACGGCAGCCAACAUCCGUCUCACCGAAUACGAGCUCCACAACAAGAAUGUGCCAAGUUUGCAAUCAAAUUUUGAGAAAAUUGUUGGCGAGAACUACUUCCUACAUCAGUUAGCUCAAGAAGCAUACAGAUCGUACAUUCUAGCAUACAACUCAAAUGCCAUGAAGAAAAAUUUCAAUGUUCAUGGUCUCAAUUUUAAGGACGUAGCUGCAUCAUUCUCCAUCAGGAACCCUCCAAAAGUCAAUAUUGACCCGGAGAGGAGAGAUAAGAAGAAAGUGGGUGGUGGUGGGAAGAGGCAGCGCAUCAACGCGGCAGCUUAA